CGGCAAACGUGAAGGAGACGAACGACCACCACACACACACACACAGCACACCACACACACCAUCCACACACACCAUCCACCACCCGCAGCCCGUCAUCGCCAUGUCUUCUUCAUCGCGGCAGUUUGUCCCUGUCGUGGACCAGGAAACACCAAGGUGUGAGCGGGAUGACUUCUCUGAAGAUAUGCAGAAGCACCGCAAGUUUGACGCGCCACACGCUGUGCGUGGGGAUAAGCCCGUGAAGCGGGGCAAGUUCGAUCGCGGAUGGGCGCGCGGCACCGUGGGCUGGGGCGUGCAGGGCUUCUUCGGCAGCACAGACGCGGACACGGGCGAGCACAUCAAGCGAAACCAGCAGCCGCGCGAGUUCACGCUGGUCAAAGACGAGUUUGGCCGCUGGAUCAACCCGAAGAAGAAGAAGCGAGCGCAAGAACUCAAGCAGCAGCAGCAGCAGCAGCAGCAGCAGCAGCAAAGGGAGCUCGAGGAGGCAGGACAAGGAGACGAACCGCGCCAAUCUAAAGACGCACGCGAGUCAAAGGACGACGAUGCCGACCAUCACCACCGCAGAGAUGAUCGCGACAUGCACAGGCGGAGGAGGAGCUCGAGAGACAGGCGAGAUGAUAGCGACGAUGACGACUGCGACAAACACAGGCGCAGGAGGGGACGAGGCCGCAGCCGCAGCAGAGAGCGUGAUCGCCGACGCAGGCGAAGCAGGAGCAGGAGCAGGGACAGGGACAGGGACAGAGACAGAGAUCGACGUCGCAGCCGCAGUCGGAGCCGCGAGAGGGACAGGGGCCGAGACAGAGACAGGUCGCGUGGUCGUGGUCGAAGCCCGUACGAUGAUCAUCGCGAUGAUGACGACGACGACGACAGGCGACGCAGCCAUCACCGCCACGAUGCAGACAUGGAUGAUCGGAGACACAGGGGACACCGCGACAGACACAGAGGCGAGCGCUCGAGUGAUCGUGGCAGUGGACGAAGUGGUGGUCGUCGGUCCCGUAGUCGCUCUCCCGCGCCAAAGGCAUCGGCGCCACAGUCGAAGCAAGGAGGUGACUUUCGAUGCUGA